AUGGCGCCGCAGGUGUUGGUGGCCCCGCGACAGCGGGCCACCGAGUGGAUGCCGCCGCCAUUCGACCUCGGUCGCUUCCAGGGGCCCCACCCUGCGGGCGCGCUCGCGCCGCGCGUGUGGGGGUCGGCGCCCUCGCACAGCGGCAGCAGCCCGGACGACCGCCGGAGGCAAGUGGGCCCUAUCACCCGCUUUGCCAGCAUGGGCGCGGCCUCUCGCGGGGUGACGCCUCCGCGGGGGCUCGGACAAGAGCAGCAGCAGCAGCAGCAGCAGCAGCAGCAGCAGCAGCAGCAGCAGCAGCAGCAGCAACCGCUUCCGCAUCACUUCAGUAGCCCCAUGCCAUACCAGGAGCAGCGUGCAGGCGAGGCCCAGCACCUGCUGUCGACGCAGCCGUGCCCACCCCACAUGCCGCCCGUGCUGGUGUCCGCCCCCACGGCGGCGCCGGCGCCGCCCGUCGGAGACGGCUGGGCUUCGCAUCCAAUCCACCGCCGGCCCGGCAGCUAUGGCCCGGCCCAGGGUAGCGUAUUCCCACUGGCGCCCGACCAGCUCAGCUUGGAGGACCAUUGGCGGCUGUGUGGGGGGCCCCCGCCUCCAUCAGCGGCCGCUGCAGGCCCGCCCCCUGGCUUUGGGCCGCAGGCCGCCGGAUCUCCAGUAAGGAUGGCAGCUGCGGCGCCGCAGAUUCAGCCAACUGCGAGGUUCCAGGUCCUGCAGCGGCCGCACGAGGCCGCGCAGCCGCCGCUGUCUUGCACUGUGGCACCUGCGGCGGCCACGCCGCUGGUGGCGCCGCUGCCCGCGCCGCUGGUCGCUCCGCUGGCCGCCCUGCAGGGCAAUGCAGAGCGGCAGGAGCAAUGGCAGCCUGGGCCAGGCCAACGCCAGCCGCCGCAACCGGAGCAGUCAACUCUGCCUGCGCCGCAGAACGCACCGCCACUGUUCACACAAUCAUAUGAGUACAACCUGCAGGCGCAGCAGGCGCAACAGGCGCAGCAGGCGCAGCCAACGUGGCAGCAGGCGCCGACUGCGUAUGACGCCCCGCAGCAGCACAAGGAUCAGCGGAGGCCUGAGGAGCAACAUGGCUACCGCCAGCAGUGGCAGGUGCAGGGGCAAGAGCAGGACAACCAGCAGAUCAGGGGUGUGGGUGGGGAUGCGGGGGCAGCGCCGCCGUCACCCGAGAUGGGUGCACAGGGCCCGGCCAGCGGCGCCGAGGCGCCAGCCAGCGGCAGCGAAGGGGCACCCCUGCUGGACCCAUGGGGCGCCCCUUGGCCCAGCCCCCUGAAGGGUGGGAGCCGGGGAGCCGCAGACUACGCGGCCGCGGCGCCCGCUGAGGCGGCGCCGCCCCCGCUUCAGGGCCUCGGCCGGAGCGGAGCUGUGAGCCGUGGGGUCCCUGGGCUGGACGCAGGCGAGGGCGGGGUUGGCGCUGACCUGGCAUGCGGUGGGGUGGGUACGCUCCACCACAUGACACACGAGCCCGUCGUGGCGCAGGCCGCCGAGCAGCAGCGGGAGUGGGGGAGCCUCAAGGGGGCGUCACCCCGUCGCGCCCCCCACAAGCUUGCGCCUCAGGCAGAGCGUGCGCCGCGGGGCCGCGGCGGGCGCGGACGGCGCGGCGGCUUUCAAGGCGGCAGGCCGCCCCUGGAGGCCAGCGGCUUUGCCUCCGAUGCCCUGGGCAUGGACAAGGCGCCGGGUGGCGGCGGCCGGGGCGAGCGUGGCAGGGGCCGCGGGCGCGGCGGUUCCUUAGGCGGCAGCAUGGCCGGCCCGCGUCCGGCCGAGCACAUUGGCAACGGCAUUGGUGGUAGAACACUAUCGGACGCGCCUCCCGUGGGACGUGAGGGCCGCGGCGAGCUCGGCCGCGGCCGCGGCCGCGGCUUUGGGUGCGAGGGCCGCGGGCGUGGGGGCGGGCUCGGCGCCGCCGCAUUUGGCGCAGAGGCUGAGCCUGCAGCUGCCGAGCCCGCCCAGCCGCUCGGCUGGGGUGCGGCCGGCGCACUGCAGCAGGAUGACAAUGAUUGGCAGCAGGAUGCGGGCUGGGGGGCAUGCGAGGAGGGGCAGCAGCAGCAGGAUGCGCAGGCGGGCGGCGCUGAGGACGCGUCGCCGCCGGCAGAGCGACAGCAGGAGUUUGCGAGCGAGCGAUUCAGCCGUUUCCAGCAGCAGGAGGGGUCCCAGGAGUUUGGAGGGACGGGGGAAAGGAGCUUUGGCCGCGGGCGGCGCGACGCCAGCCGCGGCCGGGGCGGGCGCGGAGGAUACGCGGGCGCCGGUUGCGGCGCCUUCCGUGGCCGGGGCAGGUUUGGCGGCCAGGGCGCUGGGGAGCCUGAGCUUGCCGGCGCCGAAGGCCAUGGGGGCGCCGGCAGGCGCGGCCACGGGCGUGGCGGGAUGGGGAGGGGCGGCUUCGGGCGCGGCGGCCUUGACGGAGUCGGCGACGGGUACGACGUACAGGGGGAACCGGCGUACGGCGGCAACGGCGACGGCGCAGAUGCUGGAGGCAGCCCUGGCGGCGGCAGGGGCCGCGGCGGCGGCCGGGGCCGCGGGCGCGGGCGCGGCGAUCAAGGCAGCGUGGCUCCUGCGUUUGAGGCUUCGCUGCCGCCGGAGCCGGAUGUCUCAGAGGUUGUGGCCGACCUGG